AUGACCGGCCGCCAAUUCAAGCCGAAGCUCGCGCCGUCGAGUGCGCCGCACAGCUUCGACCCGAGUUCACGAUACGCUCAUAUCGUCAAGACGCUCUUCUCGCAAAACGCCAUCAUCCUCGGCGUUGCCCUCUUCCAACUCCUCUUCUGCGUCCUCCUCCCCGACGACUUUGCCAUCGUCCCCGCCGCCGUCCUGCUCCUCAGCUACGCGCUCUCCACGCUCUUCCACCUCUCCCGCCCUUCAAAGCCGUUACCUUCGCCUUCAAGCCCUUACACGGAGCACGUCGUCCCCGGCCGCGCCACCGCGCAAUUCCCCUCCUCCUUCUCCUCCCCCUCCUCCGGCGACGCAGUCUUCGGCCCCGAGCCCGCAUCGCACGGCCUCGUCGUCUUCAACCUCGGCGUGCAGACCAACCACCCCCUCGGCUGGCUCUGCCCCGGCGGGCACGAGACCUCGUCGCGCUUCCUCGCCAUGCACGCGGAGCUGCACCGCUCCCGCGCCCAGCACGGCCUCGUCGCCGCCAACGUCUGGCGCGGCUACGCGGCCGACAACGCGAGCGCCAUCAUCGUCACGUACUACUUCCGCGACGUGCAGGCGCUGCACCGCUUCGCGCACGGGCCGCUGCACCGCGGCGCCUGGGACUGGUACGCGCAGGGCCGGUACAAGCACAUUGGCGUGUUCCACGAGACGUUUGUGGUGCCGCCGCGCGCGUAUGAGACGGUGUAUGUGAAUUGCUCGCCGGUCGGGCUGGGCGCGGGGUCGGUGCGUUGUGAUGACGGAGGCGGAGAUGGCGAGGGGGACGGGAAGGGUGGAGAGGGGGUUGAGCGCUGGGUGAAUACUUUGGUGAGCGCGGAUAUGCCGGCGUUGAAGACGCAGAUGGCGAGGCUGGGGCGUGAUGACCAGGGCAACGAGAAGCUGUAG